UUCAAUGUAGUGGUAUAUAAUUCUUCUGUGCCAACAUUCAUGAAUUUCAAGAUUCAUGCGUCUUCUUCAAUAUUCAUUCGUAGGUUUACAGGAGAUACAAGCACUAUUAUCAACUUAUGCAGUCGGUAGUUGCCUCGUUUGAAUCUGUCGCCGGACUUAGCCAUGCAGCGCCAUUCGCAAAAUUGGCUUUAAAAACCAUGUCCAAACAUUUCAGGUGUUUAAAGAAUGUCAUUACUGAUCAGCUGCAGUUCAUAAAAUCUCACGGUCCACUAAGUUAUGAGAGAAUCGAGGCUAAAUUCGGGAAUUCUGAAGUCGGGAUUCAGAGCAAAAGACCAUUUCACAAUGCUGGAUUCAUGGAUCAACCUGUAUGGCGAUCUCAAAGAGGACUUCCGGAACGAGCUGUUACUGUUCUCCGGGCCUGGUUGUUUGAACACUUUCUACACCCCUAUCCGACUGACACGGACAAGAUAAUGUUAGCAAAACAGACAGGUCUCACGAGGAACCAGGUCUCAAACUGGUUUAUCAACGCAAGAGUAAGGCUUUGGAAGCCUAUGGUAGAGGAUAUACACAUGCUUGAAACGCGUCAAACCCAAAAAUCUUCGCAAAGAGAGGAGCAAAGUACCAACAGGUUAAACAAUCACUUGCCUAUAAGUUGUCCAGUUGAAUGUGAAAAUGCAUCCACCUCGAUACCAAGAAUUGAAACAUUGCCAUCAAAACUCGCUGGGAAUGACUUAACUGGAACUCCUAUGGGCGGCGAGGGGCUGGUGACUUUUCCAUAUGAUAAUUUGUCACAUCAUAUGGGCAUGAGUAAUGCUGGCGGAAGUGGCGGUGUUUCCUUAACUCUUGGUCUUCAUCAGAAUGUAGGUUUCUCAGAAACUUACACAGUAAAUGCAGCACAUGGUGAAGGGUAUGUAGCCAAUGGCUUUGCUGUACAAAAUCGAUAGUUUGGUAGGGACAUUAUCGGAGGACAACUUCUGCGUGAUUUUUGUUGGAUGAUUUGAUCAUAUGUAAAAGUAAAACACAUUAGAAAUAAACUGUUAAUGUAAUUGAUAAAUCCUAGUAUGGUUUGAAAAUCUGAUUUGCAGGAGAUCAAACCCGUCGUUAGAUUUUAUCUAUUUAUUUUGAAUUUCUCAAAA